GCUCUCUAUAGUUAUCCAAAUUUCCCAUUUUCAUCCUUGUAUAUCUCUCAUCUCAUCAACAAACACUCAGUUUGAUAUUUUGCGGGUCGCUUUCCUAAAGUCGUUCCAUUUUUAAACCAAUGGAGAAGAUACAAAAGAUGAUUUCCGGAAAGUCGGUGGUUAUAUUUAGCAAUAACUCUUGCUGCAUGUCUCACACAAUCAAGACUCUCUUUUUAGAUUUCGGCGUGAAACCGGCGAUCUAUGAGCUAGACGAGAUCCGUAGAGGAAAAGAGAUUGAGAAUGCAUUGGCUCAGCUCGGCUGCAGCCCAACCGUUCCUGUGGUGUUCAUAGGAGGGCAGCUCGUUGGUGGAGCCAAUCAAAUCAUGAGUCUUCAUCUCAAUCGUUCUCUCCUUCCAAUUCUUAAACGCGUUGGGGCUUUAAUUUAAACUAGGAUAGUAUAUACCAUCAUUUUGAUCCGUUUUUAGUCAUGGUAUAUUGGUGUUUUAUUACUAUUUUAUUAUAUUAUAGAAGCUUUUAAACAUAUUUAUAGGUUCAGGAGUAUUUACGAAGAAAGUGAUGUUUUUGGAGCAUUUUAGAGAGAAUUGGAGAAAUCACUCGAUUUGGGAUCGACCAUGACGAUCGAGGUCAUCAUAGAGUGACUCACGUCGAUCAACAUGCACCUUGCAUAAUCGAUCGAUGCCAAAGACGCAGAGACCAAUUCCCGAGACAAGCCAACUUGAAGCCCAAACAUCAUCAAAUGACAAUUUUACCCCUGAUGAGUUUUAACCUAAGUUUAUAUACUCUGCCAAAGUGUUUGAGGCAGAGAUAGUUUUUCUGUAUUCUUUUCACAGAAAUUUUUUUAGGAUUUAUAUUUUGGGAGAGAAGAUCAUCA